GAUGUAUUUUUGAAGUGAUGUGUUUACCUGGUUUGCCAUUAGCAGAUGUUGUGAGCGUCACGCUUUAAGGAUCGAAAUUACGUAUUGCGUAUUUGUUUUUCCGUACAAGUGCAAUGUCUGACACUGACGGAUGACAUUGUGAAGUGUUAACCAGUUUGAGUAAAAAUGUCACUGCGAGCCAUCGGUGGCAAGCUGAUAAAACAUGGAACAACCAUCAUCAAGCAAGCAAACAGGGGCAAAGUCCCAGGGAAACCGCCAACCAGGGCCAUUUGCCACUCUGUAGCCCCCCUUAAAAGCUCGGCGCCCGUUCGUGAAAGUGAAUUUCUCCAACGGAACAAGUACUAUGUAUUUCGGAAUCUGGGCAUUCAGGUCACCCAAAAGGCCAGACGUGUGCUAAUCGAGGAUGUGCUCAAUCGGGUUGGCAACAAAACGGAGUCGGGGGUGUUGCACAAAUCCCCGCGCAACAGCUUCUUUGGGAAUUCUGCCCCUCUAUUGAGUCUGGUUGGCGUUGCCGCCGUUGGUCAAGGAUUGCUAACCAAGGAUGAGGAGCUGGAAGGCGUUUGUUGGGAGAUCAGACAAUCCAUGUCAAAAAUCCAAUGGAACCGAAUGUUCCACCCUGCACAAAACACCGCUGAAAACAGUCCGAUGAACUUGGAAGGUUUCACUUUCGGCAAACCCAUAGCCAAAGGCGCCAAUGCUGUGGUUUAUGAAGUAGCCACAAACAUCCCGAAUAAUGUCGGUGGCAGUACUGAGUUUCCACUCGCUCUGAAAAUGAUGUUCAACUAUGACAUCCAGUCGAAUUCUUUGGCCAUUCUUAAGGCAAUGCACAGAGAAACCGUCCCGGCCCCAGUCUACUUUAAUUGCCACGGGAUUGCCGAUUACGAACUCAGUUUCCUCAACAUGACAAGGCAUCUGCCUCCUCAUCCUAAUAUUGUGAAGAUUUUGUCGGUUUUCACCGAUUAUAUCCCCGAGCUAGAAAAAUGCCGGGAAAUGUACCCAGCGGCGUUGCCCAAGAGGAUCGACCCCGCAGGGGAAGGCAGAAACAUGUCGCUGUUUAUACUGAUGAACAGAUACGAGAGGAACCUUCAAGAGUUUCUAGACCUCCAAGACGAGCUCUCAUUGCGAACCUCCGUGGUUUUGCUCACUCAACUCCUGGAGGGCGUAGCCCAUAUGGUGGCACAUAACAUUGCUCAUAGAGAUCUUAAAGCCGAUAACAUCCUUCUGGACUUGAGCGACGCAAAGACGCCAUUGGCAGUGAUAAGCGAUUUUGGGUGUUGCCUAGCGGAAAAAUCCACCGACUUGUCCGUAUCUUACACGACCUUUGAUAUAGAGAAAGGUGGAAACACCGCCCUGAUGGCUCCAGAGAUCAUCAGCAAGAAGCCAGGGCCUUUCAGCAAACUGAACUAUCACAAAUCGGACCUGUGGGCGGUUGGGGCCAUUGGCUUUGAGAUAUUCGGCUUGCCCAAUCCCUUCUACGGCGAUAAAACAGUGAGACUGAGCAGCAUGACUUACAGCGAUGAGGAUUUGCCUUCGUUGCCUCAAAGUGUGCCAGCGAUUUUUAACCGACUGUUAAAAAACCUGCUAAGGCGCGAUCCUGGAGAGCGUUUAAACGCGGAGAUUGCCGCUAACGUGUGUCAGCUGUUCUUGUGGGGCCCGAGCUCUUGGCUGGCCAAUGCCAGCAAGUUUCCCUCUUAUGGAGAAAUCGUGGAGUGGCUCUUGAAUCUGACCGCCAAAGUUCUAUGCGAGAGCGGCAGGAAGCAGGGAAAUCGGCACAGUCUCACCUAUCCUGAGUAUUUGCUUAUUUCCACUUUCCUGUGUAGAGUGAAGCUGCAAAACAUCAAAGCGGCUCUGGCCUGGAUCCGCGACGAUGAAAUUUAACAAGGAAGCAACGAUUAAAGUGUACAUAACGGGGAGUCGGCGAUAAAAUUUGAUUGUAAAUAUGCUUAUGGAAAUAUUGUUUAGUAGUAAAAAUAGCGAUUUCACGCAAAUGUUAAUGGAUUAAUUAAACUACAGUUGAGUCCGGAUAUAACGAACUUGAAAAAUGAACUAAAACUGGUUUGUUAUAUCCGGAGUUCGCUAUAACCGAAUAAUAAUACAAAAACA